CUGAUCUCAAGCACCUGCUUCCACAGUUGAUAAAGAUGGCAUCAUCCCAGCCUUUCCCCUUCUCCACCAUGGAGCUCCUUCUGGCCUCCGCCGUCUUCUGCCUCGUGUUCUGGGUGGUCAGAGCCUUGCGGUCGCAGGUCCCCAAAGGCCUGAAGAGUCCACCGGGGCCCUGGGGCUGGCCCCUGAUUGGUCACGUGCUGACCCUGGGGAAGAACCCACACUUGGCGUUGACACGGCUGAGCCAGCGGUACGGGGACGUGAUGCAGAUCCGCAUUGGCCACACGCCCGUGCUGGUGCUGAGCGGCCUGGACACCAUCCGACAGGCCCUGGUGCACCAGGGGGAUGACUUCAAGGGCCGGCCUGACCUCUACAGCUUCACCCUCAUCACUGAUGGCCACAGCCUGACCUUCAGCCCCGACUCUGGGCCAGUGUGGGCCGCCCGCCGGCGCCUGGCCCAGAAUGCCCUCAACACCUUCUCCAUGGCCUUGGACCCGGCUUCCUCAUCCACCUGCUAUUUGGAGGAGCAUGUGAGCAAGGAGGCUGGGGCCCUUCUCAGCAGGUUCCAGGAGCUGAUGGCAGGGACUGGGCACUUUGACCCCUACAGCCAGGUGGUGGCGUCAGUGGCCAGUGUCAUCGGUGCCAUGUGCUUCGGGAGGCACUUCCCCCACAACAGUGAGGAGCUGCUCAGCCUCAUAGAGAACAGCCAGGAGUUUGUGGAGACUGCCUCCUCUGGGAACCCCGUGGACUUCUUCCCCAUCCUUCGCUACCUGCCCAACCCCAGCCUGCAGAAGUUCAAGGCCUUCAACCAGCGGUUCCUGCAUUUCCUACAGAAAACGGUCCAGGAGCACUAUCAGGAUUUUGACAAGAACGACAUCCAGGACAUCACAGGCGCCCUGUUCAAGCACAGUGAGAAGGGCCCCAGAACCAGUGACGGCCAAAUCCCCCAGGAGAAGAUCGUCAACCUUGUCAACGACCUCUUUGGGGCCGGGUUUGACACGAUUACUACAGCCAUCUCCUGGAGCCUUAUGUAUCUAGUGACGAAGCCUGAGAUACAGAGGAAGAUCCAGAAGGAGCUGGACACAGUGAUCGGCAGGGCACGGCAGCCCCGGCUCUCCGACAGACCCCAGCUGCCCUAUAUGGAGGCCUUCAUCCUGGAGACCUUCCGACACUCGUCCUUCGUCCCCUUCACCAUCCCUCACAGCACCACGAGAGACACAACGCUGAACGGCUUCUACAUCCCCAAGGGACGCUGCAUCUUUGUAAACCAGUGGCAGGUCAACCAUGACCAGGAGCAGUGGGGGGACGCCUUUGAGUUCCGGCCUGAGCGAUUCCUCACCGCCAAAGGCACCAGCAUCAACAAGACCUUGAGCGAGAAGGUGAUGCUCUUUGGCCUGGGCAAGCGCCGCUGCAUCGGGGAGGUCCUGGCCAAGUGGGAGAUCUUCCUCUUCCUAGCCAUCUUGCUGCAGCAGCUGGAGUUCAGCGUGCCCCCCGGCGUGAAAGUGGACCUAACCCCCACCUACGGGCUGACCAUGAAGCACCCCCGCUGCAAGCAUUUCCAGGCCCGGCUGCGCUUCUCCAUCAAGUGACGAAGGUCCUGCUAGGCUGAGGAAGGGGACGGGAUGGGGGCCACCCAGGAGGCCUCAGCCCUUGUCUCCUUUUUGUUUUUUUUAAUAGCUUUAUUGAGAUAAUAGUUCACAUAUCAUACAUCUAUUUGAAGUGUACAAUUUAAUGGUUUUUAGUAUGUUCACGUAGUUGUGUGACCAUCACCACAAUCAGUUUUUGAACAUUUUCAUCACCCCCAAAGGAAACCCUGUACCUAUUGACAAUCCCUCUCCAUUUUCCCCCAGCCACCCACUCCCAUCCCCCAGUCCUAAGCACCCACCGAUCUGCUUUCUGUCUCUAUGGAUUUGCCUAUUCUGAACAUUUCCUAUAAAUGGAAUCAUACCAUA